AUGAAGCCAAGUCCUGCUUUGACUUCACUUCCGGCUUCUCGAGAUCCUGUAGCCUCAGGGAGCGUUCUCUUUGAAGGCGGUUUGCAUUUUACGAUUCCCCCAGUCGAGCUCUGUGCCCACAAUAUCCCACGUCAGGGGCAUGUGGCACGAGUGAGUGAAAUCUUGUGUCUUAAAUGGGUAAAAGGCAGAAUACCAUGCUUCUUGUUGCUAGUGGCGCAGAUGAUUAUGGGGACCUAUGACCACAAGAAUCGUAAGUUCGAGCCCCACUCGCGACUCCUUCAGAAGACUCGACUGGCCUCCGUCCCGAGGAAAAGUGGGUCGUCUAUUCGCCUCAACUCUGUCGACGGCUGUUCCGGAACGGUCUGUCUCAACGGCGGUACUUGUAGCAUGGUCUCUGGAACUGCGGCUUGCUAUUGCGCUGAUCCAUUUUUCGGCCCCACCUGCUCUACAAGUAGGCAGUGUACCGACCAACAAAAGUUUUCACACCUUAAACUUGUCCAUCGUAUGCCUUUUGGCGCGGAAUUCGGUUUUAUGUGUUAG